AUGCCGCCCACCAGUCCCAACGACGGUGUCUCCAUGUCCGAGCUAAGCUUCAUCAACUACGACGCCUACUCCGAACUCGAUCCCGACCUCAGCCUCGACGGGUCGGCUGGAUUCCUCGACCUGAUCCAAUCCAACCCCGAUCUCUCCCAGUCCAAGGCCCAAGGCGUCCUCCAGUCCGCACCCGGCCACAUCCCCUCCGCCCCCUCACCCACCGCCUCCGACCAAGAUUCUGCCUCCGAUUCAUCCACAACACACAGGACCGAUAGCUCCACACUGUCAGCGGCAGCCAUGAACGGCGGCGAUGUGGACAUGGCCGGCAUGUGGGACCAACUCGAUUCGCAACCUAGGUUGGACUGGGAGGAGCAGGGCGACUUUGUAGACAUCGACCAUAUGCCUUCUAUAUUCGACAACGGCAACGGCACCAUCAAUCCUGCAGCUCUGGAUCAGUCUCCAUAUGGCGAGCAUAUCGAUCUUGGCGACACACAGUUCGCUCCUAGGCACGAUUCCUCCAGUCCGUCAGAUAGCAGUCAGAGCCCCAUGGCUGCCAACGCCUCUGACGAGUCUCCCCCAGAAGACAGCGAGAACCACAACGUCUUCUCCUUCAAGGGGUCUCCGCCAACUGCUCAGUCUCCUUACUCUUACCGCAACAAACGUCACUCCAACUACUCUCUGAGCAAGUCCAUGAACGGUCUGCGCACCGGUGGCUCCCGUGAGGUCUCGCCAACCUCACACAUGGUAUUCAGCCAAGGCUCAUCACCGUCUGCGAUACCCAACUUCGCUUCCGUCGAAAGUGAAAUGACCGACCUCAAUGGUAUGCCGUCGGGCAGCACGUGGUUCAGUGCCAACUCACUAUCACCAAACAAUGCCGCCACCGGUCCGAUGGAUUUCACCACGCCCACCCAAACCACCGGUAACGUGGGCUUUCCAAUUCUGCAGCAGCCUUCUUUUGCACCGCAGAGGCCCCAGUUGACCAUUCACUCGAUCCCUCCUAAAUCUCGCGUGGAGACACAGAUACCAAUCAAGAUGACUCUGUACCCGGUGCCAGCAGGCGUGAAGAAGAUACAUCUGCCGCCGCAUACCAUAUCGAAGCCCAAACUACUUGCGAAACCCAGGCCAGCUCCUGCACCAGACACGCUGGAGCUAUUCACUCAGCUCGUUUGUACCAGCGCCAUGGCCAAACCUGGGCUGAAGGAGAAGGCAUUGGCCCGUGCUGCGGUUUCCGGACAUCCUGUAGAGCUGAGGUCAGAGCCAGAGGGUGAUGACAAGCCCGAAAAUGGCGGUGAGGUCCACAUCUGCCCAGGUUGUGUCACGCGAGAGCACAAGCGUGCCAACCGCAAGAAGGUCAAGAAGCCAGAGGAGGAGGAGAAUUGGAAGAAGGACGAGACGAAGAGGGUAAUUGUCUUCAACACCCAAGAGGUCAAGGAAUGGCAACAGCCUCCGCCGGAAGAGAUAAGGCCCUCCGGGACCCUGCAGAUCGAGGCGCCGAUGCGAAUUGCUUGCUACUGUCGCCAUCACCACGAGAAACUCGGAUUCCAGGUCAUUUUCACCCUCAAGGAUCACCUCGGUCAGGUUGUCACGCAGGGCCUGUCUCCAUCAAUCAUGAUCACAGACGAUCACAAGACACAGCCGCCCCCGAACCCGAUCAGCUCGACCGUCGCUAGUGAUGCCACGGAUCCGUCGGUCGCCGCAGGAGCUCCCAUUGCAUCAAACGGCAUUAAUGACAUGAACGCUAUUCAGCCCGGACACCCAUUCCGGCAAUCGCAGUCAACGUCCGACAUACAGGCUUUAAAACGCAGUGCUAAUGCUCUGCAACCCCCGCCGAUCCAUUCUGGCUCCUCGUCUCAACGCACUUCUGCUGUGCCGACCCCUCGAGUUCUUUCAAGGCCGCCUUCACCUAGUACAGCAGGCCCGUCCGCGAAGAAGAGAAAAUCAAGCGCCUCCAAGCUGCCUACGACGUUGCACAUGACCCGUCUCGAAACGGCUGGUUUUGCUCCGCAGCCGUCAAACGGCCUGCCAAACGGCCAGCCAGGACCCUCGUCCUCGACGUCUCCUUUCACGCCGCCAAGCACAAUCUCGUUCCCGGAUGGUGAUGGUAGCUUCAUUCCGAGCGGUUCAGCUCCGAAUCCGCCUUUCUCUGUGGGGCCGCCCACGCCGAAUAGCAGCGAGCAGGUCAUCUUCUCAGAUGCCAAUGGCUCCGCUACUGACAGCAUGUCGGCCACGCCAAUGUUCUCCGCUCCUCCUUCGGCACAUACCAGCAGACCACCGAGUCCAAAUGGGUUGAGGAAUGGUGCGCUGCAGCAGCCGCAACUCAGUCAAGUUGGUCAAAUGCUGGCUCACGGCAUUCCUGUUCCUGCUCCAUUCCCGAACACCAAUCAGCUUCGGCAGCCGAUGCCCAUGUCCGUCAUCCACAAGGUGAUCCCCAACGAAGGUCCGACAACUGGUGGAAUCGAGGUUACCAUCUUAGGCUCUGGUUUCUACCAAGGGCUGGACGUCAUUUUUGGAGACACGAAGGCCACCACCACUACGUUCUGGGGCGAGCAGGCCCUCCAUUGUCUCUUGCCUCCCUACCACGUGGCCGGAACAGUCCCUGUUACUCUCAGGGGCCCCAACGGGCAGCCCCAGCUCCUACCAUCCUUGCAGAACAGGCCACAGGCCACCUUCACCUACAAGGACGACAGUGAAAACCAUUUGCUUCGCCUUGCGUUGAAUGUGCUUUCAAACAAAUUGACAGGGAACACCAACGAACUGCGGGGCUUCGUCAACCGGAUCAUCGACACCUCAAACUCGUCUUCUUUGAACGGCAACAGCAACAACUUCAAUGGUGGUCCUUCGGGUUACAACAUGAACCUGGAAACAAAACUGCUCCAGGUGCUCGAUCUCUUGGACAUGGAUGACAGCACUAACAAGGCUCGUCUCAAUCUCCGUCGGAAGACUGGGCACACGAUGCUACACCUGUCAUGUGUCCUUGGUCUCCAUCGAUUCACCGCAGGUUUACUGGUGAGAGGCGCGAACCCCAACAUCCAGGAUGCUGGAGGUUAUACCCCAUUACACUACGCCGCGAUGCACAACCAUCCCGAGCUAGUCAGGCGGCUCAUUCAACACAAGGCGGACCCUGCUCUGAAGACACGCCAGAAUCUGCUUGCCUCGGAUGUUGCAACGACACGGGACGUUAUCCGCGCCAUCAAGCGUGCAGGGAGAAGAGGCAGCACGCUCCACAGCCGUGCCAACAGCGCCACAUCCUUGCGCUCAUUCUGGGAGCCACCUCGGGCAUACCCUCCAUCUGACGAGUUCUCGAGCAGCGAGUUAUCUGAAUCAGAGGACGCUGCGGAAUUCAGCUCGGAUGAAGACUACGAGGACACAUGGUUGCAAAUGAAGCGGAGAUCCUCGCGGGGCAAUUUGGGCCUGAGUACCAGGCCGCCAAUUAUCGAUAUUCCGAAUGCUCCAGAGCAAGGUGGCUUGGCAUCGCCGGCGGUUGCCAUGGCGGCUUUCAGGGACCAACUGCAACAGCUCCAACAGUCCAUGACGACGCACUUCCACAACCUCCCACAUCUACCACAGAUGCCUAACAUGAUGGCAAUGCCGGACUAUCAAGCGUACAGGCAGCGAAUGUCGGCACUACUGCCGAAUAUUGUAGGCCCACGUGUCGUUGCUCCAGGCGAGGAAAACCGGUGGUGGGACUUGUCUUCUCUAAUGCCGUCAUCGGUACUUCCACCUGCGUAUGACGAAAUCUUCCCCGGUGGACAGCAAGACAGGAAAGUCUCUCAAGACGAGCUGGACAGCAAACAAGAGUCUGCUGCGCGAGCCGCGGCCGACUAUGAUGCGGAUAGGAAGUGUGCAGCGCUGUACGAUCAGUCAGGAGCAACGAAAACGCAGCAACAGGUGGACGAGCAUCACGUGGAAGAGAUGCAGGUGGCAAGACAGCUACCGAAACUGUUACAGAUCGGCCGCAAGAACAACAUUACUAAGGAACAACAAGACAAUCUUCGUCAGGCACAUGCGCAAAACAUGAAGAAGCUGAGCAGAGAUCGGAACCUGUUCUUUGUUUGGAUCCCACUGCUGGUGGUGAUAUCCUGUGCGAUGCUGUACAGUCACUUCCCCGGCCUCUUCACGGCCGCGUGGAGCUUUGUGUCCUCAGCUCCGAAGCCACAAUCCGUACCAAGGGUUCCUGGUGCCAUUCUAGGGGAGGUGUAA